UUUUAUCUAGGUAAUAACCAAGUUGCUCAACUUGAUACGCAAUUAAUUAAGGAGGUGACAUUUGGCCCUACCUAAUGACUUUUUAUCAUCUCCUGACACGACGCUGCCAGUCGUGUCACUUUUUCUGGAAAAUCAGUACAACCAUUGCAUGCAUUAUUGUGGGUAUUCACCCACUCGUGUAAUUAUAGUUUUUAUUUAAAUUAUUAAAGUACUCUGGGCAGUUUAUAUGUGAAAUGUUUUUUUUUUUUUUUUUAUUCAUAAGAGAGUACAUACACCAAGGUAAUUGGUAAUUUCUCUUACUCCGUAAAAAUUUAUAAGUUUUAACUGGAGUAAUAUAGUCUUCAAUUACACCACAUUCUUGUGAAUUGCAAGAUUAAGGAAGAGGGAAAUGGAAAGACUAGAAGUAGGAGAUCCCGAUGAAAUGGUCAGAGGUGAAGCCACAUUAUGGCAGUGCAUUUUUGGCUACGUUGAUGGCAUGGCACUCAAGUGUGUAGUUGAGCUAGGCAUUCCUGAUAUAAUAAACUCCCAUGGGUGUCCCCUUUCCUUGUUUUACAUUGCUAAAAGCAUCAACCACCCUUCCUUGGAUACCGAUCGCCUCUCACGAGUCAUGACACUGUUAGUUCAUAGAGGAAUCUUCACAUCAAGCUCAGAAGGGAAACACAACGCUACUACUCUCUAUGGCCUCACGAACUCCUCCAAAUUCCUACUUCGCGAUUCCAAGAGGAGUCUUGCACCCUUGUUGAUGUUGGAGAACCAUACAUGGAUGAUACAACCUUGGCAUCAACUUAGUGAUAUUAUAAAGGAAGGUGGGAAUGGGUUCUCUAGAUCUCAUGGUUUGGAGUUAUGGGAUUUUGCAUCAGUAAAUCCUGAAUUCAACAUCUUAUUUAACGGGGCUAUGAGUGGGGCAUCCAACAUCAUGGUGGAAGCAAUGAAGACUAGCUAUAAAGAUGGGUUGAAUGGGGUAGGAUCCCUUGUGGAUGUUGGGGGUGGGUCUGGUGCUAUGGUGGGGGAGAUUGUGAAGGCACAUCCACAUAUAAAAGGUAUCAACUUCGAUCUUCCACAUGUGGUGGCUAUGGCACCACAGUAUGAGGGUGUCACACAUAUUGCCGGUGAUAUGUUUGAAAGCAUUCCUGCCGCUGAUGUCAUUCUUAUGAAGUGGAUCCUACAUGUUUGGAAUGACGAAAAUUGCAUCAAAAUUUUAAAAAAGUGUCGAGAAGCAUUGCCUAAAAAGAUUGGAAAGCUUAUAAUCAUGGAAGCAGUCUUAAAUCCAGAAGAACAGGACUUGUUCGAGCAUACAAAAUUAAUGUUUGAUAUGUUGAUGAUGGUUGAGGUUCAAGGAAAAGAAAGGAGUGAAGCAGAAUGGAAAAGGUUGCUGGAGGAAGGAGGUUUUGGUAGCUACAAGAUUAUCAAAGUUCCAACACUGUUAUCAAUCAUUGAGGCUUAUCCUUGACAGGUUACGACACUCUCCUUGGGUCGUGUGGCUAGAAAUAUGAGGUGCCUAUUAAUUAUGAUGUGCUUUUCUAUCUUUUGUAAAAAAUGCAGCUUCUUUCUAUAUUUGGUGACAAUUUGGGGAAUGAGUGUAGCUUAAUAGUUCCACCCCUAUCUCCAAAUAAUACCAUGUAUGCCUUUACUACAAUGUAAUAUAAUAAAAUGCCUCAGGAAACC